AUGUCCUUCUUCCGACCCGUUCUAACCACUCUCACCGAGGCUUCAUCACAUUUACUCUCGCCGUUAGUUGGAACUCCAAAUAAUGAUGCCACCAAUGGCACUCCAAAUGCAAUGCAUUCGGAAUUUGUGCCCAUGACUGAAAUGGUGAGCAGUACAGAACAACAGAUGCAAGAUUCCGAUCGCACCAAGACUUUGGCCAAUAUUGGCCAGCCUUGUGAUGUGUGUCUCAUUGAAAAUACUCAAAUCGUUUUUUCAUCCCAUUGCUGUCAAAAUUGUCAGUUAGCAUUAUGCGAACAUCAUUUAAACAAACAUCGCAAUGAUUCGAAAACAAAAAAUCAUGUCAUUGUCAAUGGUCCAUUGUUACACGAAAAGAAUCUCGAUUAUGAAAUUGAAAUUGUUUCAACAAGACAGAUUCAUGAGAGAUCACCUAUGAAUCACAAUAAUGUGAACAAAUCACAACAAGAGGAUGCAUUUGAACAUCAUCAAUUAAUUUUUUCUUCGGAUUCAAACAAUUUGGAUAUUAAUAAUUUAACCGAUGAGGAAGAAGAUUUACUCGCACUCAAUCAACAAGAUUUUAUAUAUUGGACCAAUUUAUUGAAGAAAUAUCCACAUUUUUGUAAUUUAAUUCACACACCUUUGAUUGUUCGAAAAUUGUAUCAUAACGGAACACUUACUGGUUCACUUUUGAUUGAUAACAAAACGUCACACACCAUAAAUGUCAUACUCUCUCAAGUAGGUCCACUUCAUCAAUUGAUCAUUCCUCCUGGACGUUUAGGAAUAUUUGAAGGAAUAGGACGAGUGCAUUUCACAAUCGAAGUUGGACCCUUCGAUAUUUCAAGAGACAAAAUUAUUUCCAAUUGGGAUAAAGCAUUACCCAUUGUUGGAAGCGUUUGUGCUGGAGUUGCUGCUGGUGUUGGUCUUGCUGCUGGAGCAUUGGCAGGAGUUGGAUUGAUUGGAAUUGGAGCUGCAGCAGCGUUUGGAGGAGUCUCCACAGGUGUCACAAUUGCCACAGCACCUAUUGUCGCUGGAGUUGCCAAAACGACCACAGAAAAGAAACAACAACAACAAGAAUCGUCAUUACCACACAACGAUGAAAAUUAUACGAACAACCAAUUUUCACAGAGCCCAUCAUUUUCGGAUGAUGUUUCUUCCUCAACGUCGAGCUCAUCCUCCUCUUCGACAUCAUCCAAAGACCCAGAAAGUUCCAAGUUCAAGCAUUGGAUGAAGAAAAUUGUUCCUGGUAUGAAUUGGACAUAUCCCAAUUGUUUUAAAAGAGGAAUUUUUGCUGAUGGUCACUCUCUGAUCGUUAUUAAGCAAGACCAAGAAGAAUCCACUCAUGACCAUGCAAUUUUUGAAAUUGAAGAAAGGCGUAUCACUUGA